AAUAUCUUAAAAAUUGUCAAAAAUGCUUUCGUCACACAAUGAAAAAUUGCUAAAUACUGUUUGCUAAUGAUCAGAGGAUAUAUUUGACAAUUACGCAAAUGAAGUAAAUGUUUGGUAUAAGCAUUGAGUCACUAUUGAAAAAUGUCCAAAAUUAUUUGUCUGCUGUUUAAGUUAUUGUACGCAUUAAAAAUGUAUAUGGAUUUUACGGAAGCAGCAAAGGGUUCUGGGUUUAUGUUGACCAACAUGGAGUGUGAAUCUUGGGACAAGGAAUUUGUAUACUUUUCCCUUUGCCAGGUGGAAAAGAGGAGCCAGAUUUUAAGUGUGCUGAAUGCAAGGGCUACACUGCGAAAGACAGCCAGUGAUAUAAAGGCCAACGUUAAAUUGCUACGCAAGUUGAACCGAAAUUAUCAGCCCUUCUUGUACGAUGAUUUAAUUGAUGUUUGUGGCCUUUUAGCCAAUAUGGAUGAUAAAAGGCAAAUAUUUUGGUCUUCUAUUACUCCAGUGAUUACGAAACAUACCAAUGUGAAUCACUCAUGUCCAUACUACCCCCAGGAUAUAGUGGCCCAUAAUUUUUCCCAUGAUGCUGGUUAUGCCAGUCUGCUGCCCAUACCCAAGGGCAAAUAUCGAGUUCAAGUUAUAUUUUGGGUUAAUGGUGUUAAGCGAUGCAAAAUUAAUGUUUAUAGUGAAAAGUUUUAAACAAAAGUUAAAUAAAACAAAAGUUCAUGUUCUAAGUGCAAAUAACUAA